AUGGGCGAACUACAUUUAGAAGUUUCGGUAGAAAGAUUACGCCAAGAAAACAGGUUAGAAAUAGAAAGAAAACAGCAAAAAGUAUCCUACCGAGAAAGUAUUACUAAGAAGUUAGAAAAUGUGGAAGCGCAGUAUAAAAAACAAAGUGGUGGAAGUGGACAUUUUGCUAGAAUUUGGAUUAAUUUUGAACCAAAUGAAGGAAAGGGUUUUGAAUUUGUUGAUAAAACCUCGGGUCAAGGAAUGGAUAAAAAGAAAGGCGAAGUAGAGGAAGUGCGAAAGGGUUUAGAAGAAGCAAUGUCCUUUGGCUUGCUGCUAAACUACUCUUUGCUAGAUUUAAAGGCUAUUUUAAUUAAAGGACAAAGGCAUGAAGUAGAUACCAAGCCAGGGGAUUUUAAAAAUGCGGCCAUUUUAGCACUGCGAGGUGAUGGAAUGGAGGAACGAAAGAAAAGAAUCCAAGAACUGGGUGUGGCUCUAUUAGAACCAAUCAUGCAAGUAGAAAUAAUAGUUCCUAGAGAUUAUAUGGGGGAUGUCUUGGCUGACCUCGGUUCACGGCGAGCCAUGAUUGAAAAUACCGAAGAAAAAGAGGGUGCGGUUUAUAUUAAUGGCGAAAUUCCGUUGAAGGAAAUUCUUAGUUAUUCGGUUACUUUACGGCAAUUGACUAAGGGUCGAGGAGAAUACUCAAUGCAUUUGAUUCGUUAUCAAAAAGUUCCCGAAAAUGUCUUAGAAGAAAUAUUAAAAGAAGAAAAAUUAAGAUUAUAA